ACCUCAACUCUCAACCGCCCCCCCUCUCUCUCUCUCUCUCUCUUUCAACAGAGAACAAACACAACGACUAUGUGACGGACCUCCUCAAGAUGCUAUAUCCAAGCAUCACCACCACUCUCCUCGCGAGCAUCGCAACCCUCCCUCUAACCACCGCACACCCCUCCCCAAUCCCCACACCCAACGAACCCAGCACCCACCCGUCCAACAUCUCCAUCUCCCUCUUCGCCGAACUCGAAGAGCUCGCCCGCAUAGUCGACAUCUCCUACUGCGUCGGCACAACCGGUAUCUCCAAGCCCUUCUCCUGCGCCAGCCGCUGCGACGAGUUCCCGUCCUUCGAACUCGUCGAUACGUUCAACACGGGCCCGCUCAUGAGCGAUAGCUGUGGGUAUAUUGUGCUGGAUCAUGGGACGGGGAGGCCAGGCAAGGGAAGGAUAUUGGUGGCGUUUAGGGGCACGUAUAGUAUUGCGAAUACGAUUGUGGAUUUGAGUACGGUGCCCCAGGAAUACGUCCCGUAUCCUGAUAGUCCGGAUAAUUCGAGUGAGUCGCAUGAGCAUCAGCAUCAGCGGCGGCCGGAGUUGGGGAGGCAGGGUGAGAGGCAUAGGUUUUCGUGGAGGGAUUUGCUUCCUGGGCGUUGGAGGGGGAGACAGAGCGCUGUGAAGGAGGAGGAUUUUAAGGUGGAGGACAAGCAUGAGGAGGUGAAAUGCACGAAUUGCACAGUGCAUACUGGAUUCUGGACUUCCUGGCAAAACACUCGCCCGUUCAUCCUCCCGUACAUUAAGCUCCUACACGAGAAAUACCCCGACUACAGACUGGAUCUGGUAGGGCACUCACUAGGCGGCGCAGUUGCCGCGCUCGCUGGCCUGGAGUUCAAUUCCAUGGGCUUGAAACCAAUAGUCACCACAUUCGGCGAGCCGAAAGUCGGCAAUAAUGGACUGCGGAAUUACAUCGAUGUGGCAUUCAAAUUACCAUCUGAGCAUGAUUCGCAUUCGAAGAAGGGAGAGCUGAAAAGUGGCCGGUAUAGAAGAGUCACGCACGUCGAUGAUCCGGUCCCGCUUCUGCCGCUCCAGGAAUGGGGAUAUCGCUCACAUGCUGGGGAGCAUUUUAUCGCGAAAGCGUCGUUGCAACCUACUGUGGAUGACAUUCGCUUGUGUUACGGAGAUGAGGAUACAGAGUGUAUUUCUAGUGCGGAGGUUGAGGAGUCGUGGUUCAAGCAUGAAGGUGCAAAUGAUGCAGUUGAGGUGUAUAAUGAUGCUGAUGGCGACGUGGAAUUGGACUCAAAGAGCAGUAAUGAAGAGGUGGGAAUCGAAAAGAGAUGGGGGAUUCCUAUACCGGCUCGCUAUAAGAUGUGGCAGCUCUUCUUCGCCCACAGAGAUUAUUUCUGGAGAUUGGGCCUCUGUGUCCCUGGUGGCGAUCCACUGGAUUGGGGAAGGGAUAAAUAUAAGUUUGGGGAUGAGGAUGAGCAGGGACAGGUAGAGAGGGAGGAGUUGUAAUUGUGCUACUUCGAAGGGAAAGAACGGCCUGGGGAGAUUAGGCGGGAAAAGAAAAGGAAACGAGAAAAACGAUUGCAAAAUGUAUACGAUAUCCUGGUUAGCUGGUUUUGCGUCUGGACAUGCUUCUUGGAGUCAAGGGAGCGCAAGCGCUGGCGUUUUGGAUGGAUUAACUUUGAUUGAAUGGAUGGACUGUCAACCAAUCACUUUUCCUUCCCUAUCUUUGUAUUGGACUUGGAGCGCGCAAGACACAAUUUGCAUACUCUGAAUUUUGCUAGCUGUCACUCUAGCUAUCUAGGCACGAGCAAGAAAAAAUGACAACAAGCCACGAACGGAACAGAUUCAAGGACGAAACAAAUCAGUUGGCAAGCACAAGCUGUGGCCGAUGCCAGAAAUCUGCUCGUGAUACCGCUUGGAGCUCCAUUUCCACGCAGAUCUAGCCCAGUCGUUACAGAUCGAGUAAGUCUAAAUAAAAUAAUCAACUCCUCGCGUACAUUAUUUACCUCCCAUCUGUCGCUUAUUCCUCCUCCCUGCCGUCAAAAACCCCCGAGCCCCCCCGGCCGCCCUUUCGGUGAAGGACCCACAUUUACUUAGCUUCACGUGCUUCGCUUAUCUUUGUUUUGUUGCAUAUCGCAUCCGCGACUAGCGUAUUUAAAGUAUACCACGCUGAGGGAACACCGCAAUGCCGCACGUAAUUUUUACUUCAAUUCCAUCUUACAAGGUCCAGGUUUCGUAACUUACUCGUCCAAGAGGGAAAAGGGAAAUGGGGGUUUAUGUUAUGUGAGGGGGAUUGGUCGUAUGGAUUUAUUGUGCAUGUUGAGUGGAACUUCGUUUCUGCCGAUUGAUUGCAUAUGAUGGGUGGAGAGGCUCUUGGGCUGUUAAAAUACCGUUGGGUGCAUAGAGAAAACAUGGUCAGAUGUAGAGCCAUUGUUAACUGAUCGUUCCCUGCCAACCUGGUA